GUUGGAAUUGAGAAUGAGGUUUCCUUGACCGACUCGGCUCGGCUGAGCUUGGUCAGAGUGCAAGAGGUGCUUCAGAGCAUCUUCGAGUUCUAUGCCAGUGCUACAGCUUUGCAAGAGCCGAGGCUUACAAAUGCCAAGUUUACUCGCAUUGUCAUGGAUGCAGCUUUGGUCGAUGAGAAGCUCACGCCAGCAAAGGUGGAUGUGACCUUCAGCAGAGUGUGUGGCAACUCGCCCCACAUGAUGCUGCCCCAAUUUCGUGAUGCAAUGGUCCGCUUGGCGGCCAUCAAAUACCCGCAGCUGUCUCGAACGGAGGCAGUUUUGCAGAUCUUCAAAAACCUGGCAACGUUUCAGGGGCAAACCAAAGAUGUUUUCUCCGAGCUUGACGAUGCCGUGUUGAGCCUUUUGGGCAUCGCCCG